AGGCAACUUGUUAACAUUUUACCACAUAAAGUUUGUCUCUGACCGCACUGCAGUAGUUGAGAUAAAAAGGUCUUAUUUGCUUGUUGGGUUAUCGCAACCAAAUUGAAAUCCAUACAAUAAUCUAGUUCAGGUUAGAAAUUGUGCGGCGUCAGUGGUGAUGAUUUGGUUUAUUACUUCAUGUGUUUGUGUAAUAAUUACACUAUUUAUUCCAAUUUAUUUGUAUUUUACUCGGAACUUUAGUUGUUGGAGGAAUCAAAAUGUGCCGUACAAAAAACCCGUUUUCUUUUUCGGAAAUACGCUACCUCUUGUGCUCCAGAAGAUGUCAAUUAAUGCAUUUUUGAGAGAUCUUUAUAAGUCAGCUACGUUCCCAUGCGUAGGAUUUUUUUUCUUUGACCGGCCGCUGCUUUUAAUCCGAGAUCCGGAACUUAUUAAGAGGAUUCUCGUAAGUGAAUUUGAUUACUUCGAAGAUCGAAGUGUGAUGUACAACGAACACGAUAAGUACAUCAGAACUAAUUUGUUUAUGCUGAAACAGCCGGCGUGGAGAAAUCUUCGAACAAAGGUUACGUCAGUAUUUACCGCUAGCAAAUUGAAGAACAUGGUGCCGUUAGUUUUGGAAGCCGGUGACGAUAUGGUUAAUUUUAUGAAACUCAAUUGCUUAGGUUCGGAAAUGACCAACUGUAGAAGUACGACGUUUAAAUACGCCAUCGACGCAAUUUCAUCUUGUGCCUUCGGGCUCAGAGUCAAUUCGCACGAAAACUCCGACUUUGCAGAGGCCGCAAAGGGAAUUCAAGGUGUAACCCCGCUACGCGUCAUACAAAUGGCGGCACACUUCUUUGCACCACUUCUGGUAAAAAUAUUUCGCCUGAAAUUCAACGACCCUAAGUCGUGUCGCUAUUUAGCAAAAAUAUUUUUGGACACCGUUAAACAAAGAGAACAAUUAAAAACUAACCGCCCCGAUUUCAUCGAACUUAUGAAGAAACUUCAGCGCGAAGAACCUGAUCAUUUUGAUGACGAACUCUUGGCGAGCCUCCCCUUGCAAUUCUUGGUGGCAGGCUUUGAAACAUCCGGGGCUACUAUCGCGUAUAUUUUGUACGAGCUUUCGUUAAAUACAUCAAUACAAGACCGGUUACGAGCAGAAAUAUUGGCCGUCCUGUCGAAGCACGAGACAAUAACGUAUGAUGCUAUUCAAGAAAUGCCGUAUUUAGAUAUGGUUAUCAAAGAGGCGCUACGAAAAUAUCCGACGUUACCGUUUUUGGACCGAGAAUGCACUAAAACGUACACUAUCCCAAACACCAAUGUCGUAAUCCAAAAAGGAAUUGCUGUCUACAUUUCGUUAACAGCACUACAGCACGAUGAGAACUAUUUCCCAGAUCCCAUGGUGUUCAAUCCAGAAAGAUUUUCAGCAGAAAACAAGUCCACUAUCGUCCCAUAUACCUACAUGCCAUUCGGUGAAGGCUACAAGAACUGCUUAGCGACAAAGUUUGGCAUGCUGUCAGUUUCGAUUGGGGUUAUAAAGAUCUUGUCUCAUUUUGAAAUUGCACCGAGUAAACACACGCCCAAGGAGCUCACGUUUGAAAACUGCGGAUUUAUAUUAACACCGACGAACGAUCAGGUUUUGGUGAAAUUUAAAAGUUUAAACAUUUGACGAUCUGUUGUUUUUUAAUUAGGCGCUGCAGAAAAUAUAAGAAAA